GGCGCGUCGAUGCCGUACGGGCACGUGUCGCCGCCGGCGAGUCCCGACGCUCCGCGAGCGUUCGUGCAGCACCAGGGCCUGGAGGGCGGCGCCGGCCACUACGCCGGGCCGGCCGGCGGACGGCUGUCGCUGCACCCGUACCCUAGCGUGCGCGUCAUGACGCCACCCGCGUCGCCCCACCUCGCCAACCUGCUGACGGGCGGCCGCCACCAGCUGCCGCCCCCGCCGCCCCCGCAGCCAGCUCCGCCCGGCCCGCCGCCCUUCGUCGACGUGCCGUCCGCAGCGUGCAAGGUGAAGCGGGGCCGGCGCCGCUGGGGCCGCAAGAAGGUGACGACGCACACGUGCACCUACACCGGCUGCACCAAGACGUACACCAAGUCGUCGCACCUGAAGGCGCACCUGCGCACGCACACGGGCGAGAAGCCGUACCAGUGCGGCUGGAAGGGCUGCGGCUGGAAGUUCGCGCGCUCCGACGAGCUGACGCGCCACUACCGCAAGCACACGGGCGACCGGCCCUUCCAGUGCCGCCUGUGCGAGCGCGCCUUCUCGCGCUCCGACCACCUAGCGCUGCACAUGAAGAGGCACAUCUCCGUCUAGACCGGGCCACACGGACCUCGUCACAUUCGCGUAGUUUCUGCCACCACCACAGGACGAGCGACGCUGUAUUUUCGUGGACACUGUUAUGUGAUAUAAGGCACGAUCGAAGCGAGUGUUGAAAGCGACCUAGACUAGUAUGAAACAAACAAAAAUUUUAUUCCUGUGAAUUCGUUCCAGUAUUUUAGUUUCUCCGCCACUGAAGGCUUUACACAUAUUUGUGACUAUAGUGCUACCACGAAAUUUCUGUCAGUGUCAUAGUGGCUGUCUGUACUUCUAUCAUUCACAACGUAAGAGAACACGUUUGUAAUUUGGUACUUCGUGUACAUAUUGGUAUACACCUCGGACAUCCACGGUCAACGUUGCAAGUUACAGUAUGUAGGGUUCUCUUGAUUCUCUACAACUAUAGUAUAUGGAGUAACCAAAAUGAAACCGACGGCCCGGAAAAGUCUGGUACUAAAUGAGUUACUCUAGUUAAUCGAAAACUGAACUGUUACACAAGGUGCUGGAAAUGGCCACCGUUGCCGUCAGUGAGGUGAUGUAUGGGUUUUGUCGAACUGUGAGAUUGUACUUUCAGUGUGCUGUUGUUAUUCUACUGUCUGGAAAUUAUUUGUUCAACUUGCUCCACAGAUAGACUGAAUAAGCUAGGUUGGAGGCCAGGAAAUUUCAUAAGCUUUGCAGAUUGCACUUUCCUCACCGAACGUUUGAUGAACCAGUGCCGAGGUUGCGUAUGGGGUGUGUUCUGUUGCUCCAUCUCCCUGAAAUAUCCGUAAAAUCGUUCAUCAUUGUCAAAACCUUUCAUUCCGUUUUUUUUUAUUUUUAGAGAAAAACUGAUUGUAGAUCCAUAGCUGAGAGUGAUUCUGGAAGUAUCUCCCAGGAAUAUACUUUAUUUCUCUAUUUAUUUGGGCAUAACCAGUUUCUGAGGACGAAGCCUUGUUACCAAGUGCUCAUACCCCCUGAGAGUAGACACAAGCUGACAUCUUACCAUAGGGUACACACAUGAGAAAAUGGAUUACACAGAUUGUGAACGCACCUCCUGGGAUUAUAACUUUCAUUUAAGAAUUGUGUUUCGAUUUCUAUACAUUGUGAACCAGACUACAAACUGAAUACUACACAGUUGCAGUUCAGCACACAGGUGACAAUUUUUUUGCACAUAAAGGUGCGAGUUCGAUGAGUUGCUACAAACUGACGAAAACACUUUUCAAGACCUAACUACCUCAAAAUCUAAAUUGCAAUCUGUUCAUCAGUUUGUUUCUAUCUUAUCACUCCACAACAGCAACCUGUCCAAAAUGCAACGACUUAUGAUUUUUCACUUCCUCCUCCCAUCUAGCUUUUCUGGAUCUGUAUGGUACGUUUUAUUUGUGUAACAGCUUCACUUGUUCAAAUUCGGACCCUGUUAAUGUUAACGGUAACGGUUACGAUUCUUGAGAAAAGGGAGUAUCUAUAUUCGCGCUAGCUAAUUUUCGUUGGUACCCAAAUUUUUUCGAGUGUGUGAAUGAGUAAAUUCUUCGAGCAAAAAUUAGUUGGUUAUAUUGUUUAUGUAUGGCUACAGUACUUCACAUCCUACAUUAAAUAAGAGGAAAGCUGUUGCGAAGGCCGCCCUUCGUCCAAUUCGUGUUUGGUGCUUGCAUUCUGUUCCACUUUCACAUUUCACAAAGAGAUGGCAAAUAUUCACCCACUUGCUCUGUCUUUCCUUAGCCGAAUAUGAAACUCCAUAACUGUGUCAUCGAAGUUUGCAAACCUCUCACUCCUAUGUCAAAAGAUGAAUUAUAAAGAAGCGACUUAUAUUAUUCAAAAUGUGUGUUCAGCUUCCUUGGUCUAAUUCAUAGAAUCUUCGCAGCAGUAGAUGCUAAUUUCGUUUUUCUAGUAGAAGUUGAUGGUUAUAUGUCGUAGCACAGAUGUUACAAAAAUUCAGAACUCAAGUGAAUUCUAAAGAUAAAGUUUGGUUUACCGAAGAUGUCUUGAAACAGCUUUUCAUGAGUCCACAUAGAUCACAGAGCCAGCAUAAUACUGUGGGACUGUUUGUGGGAAACUGAACUUAAGAUCGACGAAGCGUGAAGAAGACCAACAUUCUCAGCUACAAAACGUCCGAGAGUACAAACCGUGUACCAUGCUCCAAGCAAUACUGACAACAGUCGAGUUUUCUUUCUAACUCAUUGUUUUCUGAGUCAAAUGUCUGCAGCUUACAGGAGCACAUGAGCGCUGAUAGGGAGUGAAAUUGUGAAAGAUGUUCCAGCGUUUCAUGUACUACGGAUGAAAAACAAUGUAUUGUAAAAUUUUUUAUUGUAGUUCACUUACAUUCCAAAUGUAAAUAGUCUUAUUUAAAUAUUUAUGAAAUUAUCAGCCAACUAUGAUGGCGAUUUUUGUCACACAAUUGUUGUUUGAUUCCGCUUUUCUGUCCAUGAUACAAUCAUGUCUUCAUCUCUUAUUCCCAUUAUAUUCUCAUCCUUUUACUUCUGAGAGGCUAAUUAUUCCCAAACAUUGUGUAAAUAGAAUUAUUUCAACGGUGAUAAAGUUGCUGCAUCGCAUAUAAUUCUUGCAUUUAGUUUCGGAAAUAAUGUCAUUAGUGAUGCUUUACGUACUUUAUAUUUAUUUUAUGGAUGCCUUGUGAGAGAAGUCUUCGAAUUUUUUUAAAGUAUAAAAUCGUAUAGUUGUCAAAUAACGCGACAAAAGGCCAGUAUUUAACAAAUAGAAUCAUCGACAAGUAAGCUUUCGUUAUCUCGAGUAGAAUCAAAUAAGGUGACCUUCAUUUAAGAUCAUGAUUCUCUUCAGGCAUGUUGCUUCUCAAAUUUGUCCGUUCUCAGUCGGUAAGAUCAAAAGGUCGCUUGUCGAGCAGUAUCUUUGUUGGAAGCACUCACUGUUAUCACAGCAAGACCCACGUCUGACAUCGGUACGCUUUCAUGCGUAGAGCUAUGAGGAAACUUCUUUACUUCACCUUUAUGCAUCAACAAGAUACAAUCAGUGUUUGCACUUGAAUGAUUAGAAAUUUUCAUUAACAGAUUGUUAGUUAUCUGUUUACAUUCCCUCAACAUUGUUAAGUAUUGCUCUCCUCUGCUGUUACCACACUUCUUACCAAGAUUAUUAAAUGACAAACUCUUCCUGUUGCCACAGAAAUUUAGCUCGAGUUUCUUUAUUAUAAUUGCCUAUUUUUGAGGAACAUGUUGCGAAUAACUGUAAUACAUGACACACAUUUACUGAAAUGCGUUUAUAGCUUUACAAUAAUUUCACUGUAUUCGCCUUCGCACUAAUUUAACAGUUGAAAUUAGUUUUCGAGGCUUAAGUUAUUAUUCACUGUUCUUGUGUAAGUUGCUAAGGUAUCUUAGAACCAGUUGCACAUUACAGUAUCAGAAUUUGCUUUGUUUGCAAAGAAUUUCGUGUAUCACUCUUCGUUUACACUCAAGUAAAUAUCAGCCUCAACGUUACAGGCUGCUAUACUGCCGCUCUAGACAUGUGCAGCUCACAGCUCUCACACAAAUUAUUUUGCGAAAUCGUUUCCUAUCUGUUGUACGCUUAAACUAACUUACAGGUUCCAGGCCAACUCCAAUUAAAUUUUAAAUAUGCAAGACUUUGCAGCUGUGUUCUAACACCUUUACUUUUUUUUGUUGCUGUUUCUUUCGAUUGGAAAACAGUGAUGUCUUCCUUCCUGAAGAGUUUAGUGAUGAUCAGCUGAAAGACUGUUGUGUCUGUGAUAUCAUAAUACAACCGUCUCAUGUAAUUCUAUUGUUUUCACAAAUAUUUUCCACUUGUAUUGUAAGAAAUGAAAUAUAUGUGUGUUU